AUGACCGUUCCACAGCAUUUCAGUGUGGCGUCCAAGCAGGAUGCCGAGAAUGCUGCCAUUAUUGCUGGGCUAGAGAUAGUGGACAUGGUCUCCGAGCCCGUUGCGGUUGCCGUCACUGACGACCUCCGCAGGAAGCUGCGAGAUGAUUUUGAUCAAAGGAUCGUGGACUAUUUUGCCAAGCUGGUGAAGAUGAAGCACGAGAAGGACAUCAGUGAGGAUUUGGUUGCUCUCAGAAAACUGAGGGAAGCAUGUGAGCGUGCCAAGAAGGCAUUGAGCGAUCAGGAUCAUGUGGAAGUUACUGUUAAAUCUCUUUUUGAUGGCGUCGAUUUUUGGCAUCCAUUCUCACGGUCAGAGUUUGAGGAAUUGAACGACGAUACGUUCCAAAGGGUUAUUGCAUUGAUAAGGAGAGUCAUGCUAGAAGCAGAGCGAAGGAGGAGAAACAACAAUAUCGAUGAGAUUCUCCUUGUUGGUGGAAGCACCAAGAUCCCAAAGAUCCAAAGACUUAUCAAGGAUUACUUUAAGGGCAAGGAACUGAGGAACAAGAGUACUCUAUCCUGCCUGUGA